AUGUCAACACAACCACCACCAACACAAACAAAGGUAAAGGAAGAAACCAUUGAAGUCAAAGGUACUCCAACAGGAGGAGCAGACAACAAAUCAUCAUCAGCCAAUAAGAAAGUCACAAAAUACAAACCACCAGAAAGUGUUAACAAGGCACUUUCUAAAGGUUUACAAUUUGCUCCGUAUGCUCGUAAUAUGGUCAAUGGUGAUAUUUAUAUAUUAUUCAUAUUUGGAAUUGUUGCUAUUGCAAUGGCUCAAGAUCGUACAACAAGUUUACCUUGGGCAACUGUGCCAGGAAUUUAUUGUGUUGUUCUUUCUAUAUUUUUAUAUAUUUGGCACUUUAUUAGUGAAUUUACAAAAACAGAUAAGAGUGUUGAUUCUGUUUUAGCUCCAAAAGGUUGGCCAAAGAUUAUUUGUAUGAUUUUAUCGGCUUUUAAUUAUAAUCCUGUUCAAUGUGUUUUCUGUGCAAUUGCCUCUGUCUAUUGUUUCUUUUGUGUUCAGACUGCAAUUUGUGGAGUUCCACUUGUUAUGGCCUCAAUUUUAUAUUUGAUUGCUUCAAUUAGACGUGAAGCAUCAGCUAAAAUCACUGGUUUAAUUUAA